GGGGUGACGAGCAGUCGGGCUCCGGCGUCGUGUGUCAGUGCUUGGCGGUACAGCGCUACAGGAGGGGGAAGUGCGCAGCGUCCGUACACCGGGGCAGCACGGGGAUGAGCGAGCCCGGAGCGCCGUACCAGGCUGUCACGUCUAUGAGGUGUUAGUGUAGGACACCCCCUUCCCGCGGUGUCGGUGGUUGGUGUCUGGGUGUGGCGGAUCUCGGGGCCGUGUGAUACAGGCUGCCAGAGGCCGCUCCUUCUAACGGGAUCUCGGGCUGAAGAGGCGGCGGGGAUUGAGGAUCACAGAACCGGAGGCCGUGGGCCAGAACGGAUUCGUUCUUGCGGUUUGUGGCCACGGUGUGAAAUAGAUCUACGUUGUCAAAAUGAGUGAGUUGGAACAGCUACGGCAAGAAGCAGAGCAGCUGCGAAAUCAAAUCCGAGAUGCUCGGAAAGCAUGCAGCGACACGACGCUUGUUCAGAUCACAACCAGUUUGGACUCCGUAGGUCGAAUCCAAAUGCGAACUCGACGCACAUUGCGAGGCCACUUAGCUAAAAUUUAUGCCAUGCACUGGGGUUCAGAUUCAAGGCUAUUAGUGAGUGCAUCUCAAGAUGGAAAAUUAAUUAUUUGGGACAGUUACACAACAAACAAGAUGCAUGCCAUUCCUCUCCGGUCCUCCUGGGUGAUGACUUGUGCUUAUGCUCCAUCUGGAAACUAUGUAGCUUGUGGAGGAUUAGAUAACAUCUGCUCCAUUUACAAUUUGAAAACAAGAGAAGGAAAUGUGCGCGUGAGCAGAGAGCUACCGGGCCACACAGGUUACCUAUCAUGUUGCCGCUUUCUAGAUGACAACCAGAUUGUCACAAGUUCCGGAGACACAACCUGUGCAUUGUGGGACAUAGAGACUGGGCAGCAGACCACAACCUUUACCGGACACACUGGAGAUGUGAUGAGUUUGUCUCUGAGCCCCGACAUGAGGACUUUUGUCUCUGGUGCUUGUGAUGCGUCUUCUAAGCUGUGGGAUAUCCGUGAUGGCAUGUGCAGACAGUCUUUUACCGGACAUGUUUCCGACAUCAAUGCUGUCUGUUUUUUCCCCAAUGGACAUGCAUUUGCCACUGGCUCUGAUGACGCCACUUGUCGGCUGUUUGACCUGCGUGCUGACCAAGAGUUGAUGAUGUAUUCUCAUGACAACAUCAUUUGUGGUAUCACAUCUGUAGCUUUCUCUAAAAGUGGCCGGCUGUUACUAGCAGGAUAUGAUGACUUCAACUGCAACGUGUGGGACACCUUGAAGGGGGAAAGAGCAGGAGUCCUUGCUGGUCAUGAUAACCGUGUGAGCUGUUUAGGUGUAACCGAUGAUGGUAUGGCUGUAGCUACAGGGUCUUGGGACAGUUUUCUCAGAAUCUGGAAUUAACUUGGGCAAAGAUAAAUGAUCUUGUAAAUUCUCCACCGAGAUCUGGAGAGAUCAAUGCUGCAGCCUACAGCUGUGAAAUAACAUUUCUACCUUGUAUUUGCAGGUGAAGUUUUUCUAUUCACUGAUUAUUAUUACACAAAAAAGGCUUUCUUUAAAAUAGUAAAAAUCAAGUGAAGUCAUAAGGGUUCAAAGGGGAAAGAGCAUUGGUGACUAAUUUAAAAAGGGGCUAGCACACAGGAUCAUGGUGACCAAGAGUCUAGGAGCCAGUCUUUAUUUUGUGGUUUGGUUAAGUUGUUUUAACCCUUUUGCUGCUAGAAAAGUCAGUUUUGCAUUGUAGACCUUUAAAGCAGCCACAUGGUUAAAGGAUUUCUGCUUUGUGCUCAAAGUCUGCUGAGUCUGUACGUAUUAUUAUUUUUAUUAUUUUUGUACAUAACUGAAUGUACACACUAUAGCAGCCGAUCAUGUAAUGUUUGUAUGUAAAAAAAAAAACAAAAAACUAAAAAAACACAAAAAAAAACAGAAAAAAAUAAAAAAGUUAAAUGCCUUUUUUUUAUUUUUAUUUAAAGAAUAUGAAUUGUAGCUUUUUGAACGCCACAGUAUUUUAGUGAUGAAUAUACUGGGGUUUUUUUUUCUUUGUGAACUUGCUGUGGAUGAAAUGAAGUCAUUGCUCUGUUUUUGUAUCCAUACGGAUGUAGUACAUGUUCACGUUAGACAGGCCAGUUUAUAAAUCCGCUCACUACUCCCUUAUAUGGCAUAAUAAUGGAACAGAGAGACAGUAGUGUUAUGUACUAAUCCCAUUGUGCAGUACCAGAAACAUGCAGGAACUUUUAAACCCACUAUUCUAGUUUCUAUCUUGAAUGCACUAAUGUAAAUUGCUAAAAUUCCCAUCUACCUGCACUGAAACAACAAACAAAAACUUGAAUCUAUUUUUUAGUUUUGUCAUUUUUCACAGCCAUUUCGUAGAAUUUAAGAUAAUUGGGGAUGAUCAAAAAAUUUUUUAGCCCUUGUAUUAAAUAACAAGAAAGCUUUACACUAGGCAGUCUGUGGCUAUACAUCUGUAAUCAGAGCACACCGGGAUGUGCCGAGAACACGUAGCUGGAAAAUCAUGGGCUGAUAAAACCCCUCUUGACCAAACACACGAGCAAUAAGACUUUUUUUUUUUUCCUCCUAAACUUGUGCUGUAGCCCUAUUCCAACCUACCACAGGGGAUGUUGGACCAAUUAAAUGACUGGUGUAGGUUACAGCACACUGGUGACAUUUACAUAAUAUUAAAUAAGCCUUAUGCUUGCUUGGGUUGUAUAUAGUCUUUGGAUGCCAAAACAAAUCUAACAUGCCAACAAAAUGCCACACACUUUGUUUUAAUACCUUAGCAGCACAGUAAUUAUCUUUCAAGACCAUGGCUUUCAUUACUCUGCAUUUACAUGUGACAUUCCAAAAAAUAUUUGGCUUUGUAGAGGCUUUCAACCUAAAUUAUUGUGGAAAGAAUUAGACAAUUCUGUAGUAGCAAAAAAAAAAAAAAAAAAAAAAUUCAAAAA